GGCGUGCUGGUCUUGCAGGGAGGUGUGUUCAGAGGUGAGGAGAUGAGUGACGUGGAGGAAGAGAAGGAAGGGGAGGACGGAGCAGAGUCUGGAGUGUACAGUAUGUCUACGAAGAGGGGCCGGUCCAAAGAGGAUCCUCCAGACCCUAGUAAUGAACCUGGACCCUCAGACACAAAACAUCAGAAGAUGAGUGAUGUAGAGGAAGAGGAGGACGAAGAAGAGUCUGGAGUAUCCGGCUGUCAGUCUAUGAAGAAUGACCCGUCUAAAGACGAACCUCUGAAGUUCAGUGAUGAACCUGGACCCUCAGACACAAAAGAGAAAGGGACUUAUGUCUCUGAGGAGGAGCAGCCGUCCUGCUGUGCUUUGUGUCAGGACGUCCUGAAGGAUCCAGUCUCUACCAGCUGUGGACACUGGUUCUGCAGACAGUGCAUAGACGAGUCUUCAUCAGGAGACUCCUGCUGUCCCCAGUGUGGAGAAAGAUCCAGAACAAUUUACGCUGUUAAAUAUAAACAUAAGAUCAGUGUGAAGGGGACAUAUGAACGUGUGAAUGAAGGAGCUGAUCAAACAGGAAGUGGAACCCUCCUCAACAAGAUCUUCACUGCGCUCUACAUCACAGACGAACUGAGUGAAGAAGUUAAUACCCAACAUGAGGUGAGGCAGCUCGAGACAGCUUCCAAGAGGGAGACCCUCCAUGACUCUCCAAUCAAGUGCAGCGACAUCUUUAAAGCCUUACCUGGCCAACAGAAACACAUCAGAGUUGUUCUGAUGAUCGGCGUCGCUGGCGUUGGAAAAACCUUCUCAGUGCAGAAGUUCUGUCUGGACUGGGCCGAGGGUUUGGAAAACCAAGAUGUGGAUCUGGUGAUUCCUCUUUCCUUCAGGGAGCUGAACUUGAUCAAAGAUGAGCAGUACAGUCUUCUGGAGCUGCUCUGUGUUUUCCAUCCAUCAUUACAGGAGGUCCCAGCAGAGCAGCUCGCUGGCUCUAAACCUCUCUUCAUCUUUGAUGGCCUGGAUGAAAGCAGACUUUACCUGGAUGUAAAGAACAGGAAGGUUGUUUCUGAUGUCACACAGAAGUCAUCAGUCAAAGUGCUGUUGACAAACCUCAUCCAGGGGAAGCUGCUUCCCUCGGCUCUCGUCUGGAUAACUUCCCGACCUGCAGCAGCCAAUCAGAUCCCUCCUGCGUGUGUUGACAGGAUAACAGAAGUACGAGGCUUCACUGAUGCCCAGAAGGAGGAGUACUUCAGGAAGAGAGUCAGUGAUGAAGAGCUGUCCAGUAGAAUCAUCUCCCACAUCAAGACCUCCAGGAGCCUCCACAACAUGUGUCUGAUCCCAGUCUUCUGCUGGAUCACUGCUACAGUUCUGGACCACAUGUUGACUACAGACCAGAGAGGAGAGCUGCCCAAGACCCUGACUGACAUGUACUCACACUUCCUGCUGGUUCAGACAAAGAGGAAGAAGCUCAAGUAUGCAGAGGGACAUGAGACGAGUCCACAGGAGCUGACGGAGGCUGACAGGGAAGUUCUUCUGAAGCUGGGGAGGCUGGCGUUUGAAGAGCUGGAGAAAGGAAACAUCAUGUUCUACCAAGAAGACCUGGAGCGCUGUGGUCUGGAUGUCACAGAGGCCUCGCUGUACUCAGGAGUUUGUUCAGAGAUCUUCAAAAGAGAGAGUGUGAUCUUCCAGAAAACAGUCUACAGCUUCGUUCAUCUGAGCGUUCAGGAGUUUCUGGCUGCAGUCUACCUGUUCCACUGUUACACCAACAGGAACACAAAGGUACUCAAGGACUUCCUGGGGAAAGGCAAUGUUGAUAAAUCUCUGGAUGUCUUCUUGAAGAGAGCCAUGGAGAAAUCCCUUGAAAGUAAAAAUGGCCACCUGGACCUGUUUGUCCGUUUCCUUCAUGGCCUCUCUCUGGAGUCCAACCAGAGACUCUUAGGAGGCCUGAUGGGUCAGGCAGACAACAGUCCAGAAAUCAUCCAGAGAGCCAUUAACAACCUGAAGAAGAUGAAGAAGACCAAUAUCUCUCCUGACAGAAGCAUCAACAUCUUCCACUGUCUGACGGAGAUGAACGACCACUCAGUACAUCAGGAGAUCAGAGAGUUCCUGAAGUCAAAGAAGAGAUCAAAGUACCUCUCUGUGAUCCACUGCUCAGCUCUGGCCUACAUGCUGCAGAUGUCAGAGGAGGUUCUGGAUGUGUUGGACCUGAAUCAGUACAAAUCAUCCUUAGAGGGACGACGGAGACUGAUUCUAGCUGUGAGGAACUGCAGAAAGUCUCUAUUGAGGAGCUGUGGUUUGUCAGAGAUCAGCUGUGCUCCUCUGGUCUCAGCUCUGAAGUCCAACCCCUCCCAUCUGAGAGAGCUGGACCUGAGUGACAACGAGAAGCUGGGGGAUUCAGGAGUGAAGCUGCUGUGUGCUGGAUUGGAGAGUCCAAACUGUAGACUGGAGACUCUGAGUUUGAGGGGUUGUGGUUUGUCAGAGAUCGGCUGUGCUGCUCUUGCCUCAGCUCUGAAGUCGAACCCCUCCCAUCUGAGAGUGCUGGACUUGAGAGACAACAAGCUGCAGGAGUCAGGAGUGAAGCUGCUGUGUGAUCUAAAGGACAGUCCAAACUUUGAACUGAAAACUCUGAGGGUGAAUCCGGCCAUGAGUGCAGAGACGGCUCUACAUCCAUCCACGUCGAAGACAAACCCUGAUGUGUCUGAGGACAGAAGAGAGGAUCAGAAGAGUCCUGAUGAUCCAGAGAAGUUGAAGCAGCAGCAGCUUGUGGCUGGAGAGGCUCCCAAUACAAAUUCUCAGGAAAUGUUAUCGUUCAUACCUAAACUACUGACUGAGUCUGGGAAGACUUCAUACAGGUUCAGGUGUCCUGUACCAGGUGUGUUCCAGUGUGCUUUGACUGGACUGGUGUUUGUUACGACUCAGGAGGCGGAGCUGCUGUACAACACUGUCCAAUGGGACGAGAGCCUCCUCCAAUCAGCUGGCAGGAUGGCUGCAGGGCCUCUGUACGACAUCAAGUGUUCAGAGGAGGCUGCUGUCUGUCAGCUCCACCUUCCACACUGUGAAAUCAUAGAUGCUCCUCUACCUGAUGGCCUGUUGUCUGUCGUCCACAUCACUGAUGAUGGGAUGAGCAUCCUGGAGCCGCUGGAGAUUAGUGACACUCACGUGGUUGUAAAUGUCCCUCACCUCUCUAACUUUGGCCUGAUCUGGGAUGUUGUUAAAAGGUUGUGGACGAAACCUGUCAGCAGCCAAGUUCUGCUGUUCCUCGGACAACCAAACCAAGCAACACAGAGGCAAAACCUCAACAUGCUUCUCCUGCCGAGAAACAUCGCUCUGAACGAGGUGAGCGAACAACAUCAAGAAUCUAGAAACAUCCGGGUUCCUUCCAAAUGUAAACUCAUCAAAGAUCAAAGUUACAGCGUCCAAUGUCCUCAGGCCGUUAAAAUACAGCCCAAGAAAGCAGAUUUUGAGGUGGAGUUUGGACCAAACUACCACACAACCUUUGAGAUCCGCCUGCCUAUAAACACACCAGAAGUGACUUUAAUAGUCCAAGAUGAAGGACAGAGUGACAUGAGACCUGAGAGACAGAUCAUCUGGGAGUGUGACGUGGACCUGAUUGUCUCAUCAGAUGAAACUCAGAGGGGAGAAGGAAGACCAGCAGCCACCGCCCAGUAUGGAGGUGUCGUCAACACACCUCAGAUAAGUGGUUCCAAUGUGGGAGGGGAUCUAAAUAUCACUGUCAACAACACGUAUGUCACGUCUCCUGACAGGACAGAUGAGACGACAGCUGUUUCUCCUUUUUUUCCUCUCUCUGAGAGGGAGGUUUCAGCGGAUGCCAGUGGUGUUGAAGAAACUAAAGCUCCAAAACCCAAAACCCCAGCACCAGCAGAGGUCAGAGACCCAGCAGAGGUCAGAGACCCAGCAGAGGACAGAGACCCAGCAGAGGACAGAGACCCAGCAGAGGACAGAGACCCAGCAGAGGACAGAGACCCAGCAGAGGACAGAGACCAGGGAGAGGUAGUCAUGAAAGAAAAGGUGUUGAACACUCUGGAGGAUCUCAGAGAAGAGGAGUUUGAGAAAUUCAAGUGGUUCCUGACGAACAGUGAACACGUGAAAAACACACCCAUCCCAGUGAGCAAGCUGGAGAAUGCAAACAGGAUAAAAACCUAUGACCUGAUGAUGCAGUACUUCUCAGCGACUGGAGCUGUGGAGGUGACCAAACUGGUCUUAAAGAAGAUCUACAGGAAUGAUCUGGUGGAGAGAUUGGCAGCCAUCCAAGCUCCAAAACCCCAAAUCCCAGACCCAGCAGUUCUAGACGGAGAUUUCCUAGAGCGUUUUGUGGAGGGACUCUGAUACAGAGCAGACAAAGGCCAAGAGGUGAUGGACACGGUGAGAAGAAAAGGAAGAGCAGCCAUCUCAGUUCUGAUCUCUGCUCUCUGUGAGCUGGAUCCAGUCCUUUCCAGAGAGCUGAGAUUAAUAUGAAGAACCAAACUGUGGAGAGAGAGGAUGAAUCUCUCCAAUAACUGACUCUUACACAUGAUUACUGAUUUGUAGUUUCAGCCACUAGAUGGAGGCAGAACUUCACUGAUAGACAAACAAGAUGCAAAUAAUAGAGAAAGAUUUCUGAGUGAAGAUUGAACACCUGGUGGUUAAAGAGAUACUGGUUGGUUAUUUACUCAUCCUCUACAGCCUCUGAUGUCAUCAAAACAUUUGACUGAAUCCUGAACCCCCUGGUUGAGAUUGUGCUGACUCCUCCUCCCAUCCUUAGUCCAUGAACCCAGUAAACUCAUGAAUGAAGU